AUGAGCACGGCGCCGCUACUACAACAUCCGUUCUCUUCCGGAACAGGAGGUGGAGUCCCCCUCCAACAGUGUGCUGCUCCUGCCACUUAUGGCCUCGGAGUUGUCGCCUCAGCUCAUCAUGCUGCCAGUGGUCUCGGCAACAACAAUAACAACAAUAUCAAUGUGCCGAACAAUAAUCUCAACCCAAUUGGGAUCGGCUUACCGCCGCCUUCUACUUCUACUGCAAACUCGAACGCUUUGAGUAAUAGUCAACAGAGGUAAGCUUCUAAAAAGUUGUAACUUGAAUUGGUGGAUAAUAUCUUCUCUAAUAUGGCCGACUAUACAAUAAUCGACCCGUUUGAAUACGUUAUAGAAAUGGUAGAAUCUGGACAAGAGUUAGUCAGACUCAACUGUAAUCAAACGUUCUUUUUUGUUGAGAUGAGCAACCAGGCAUAGUUUAGAUUGUAAAAGCAGUACUGUGAAACAGGCCGGUUGCGAAAUGUCUCUCAAUUUUCUGUGAUUAAAAGACGCCUUUCCGUUUCGAAAUUGUACGAAAAUCAACUUUUGGGAAUACCGUAACCCGUAACUUUCAUCUUUUUCGGUGUGUACAGAAAAGUAGCUUGAUUGAAAAGGUAAUAGUGUCAAAUUGUUAGCCAUCUCCUAUCCUUGACUGGAUCCUUUUUUGUAAUCAGGGUGAUUAAGAGCAAUACAGUAUAACUUUUCCUUCUUUUUCGCUCCCAGACCCAUCGAUCGUCCUGAAGAUUUCAACACGAGGUGAUUCACAACCAGUGACAAAACCUAAACAAAUUUGCUUUUCCAAACGCUGCUGACCCUUUUUCUAUUCCGCGCGGAACCCUCUCUCUCUCUCUCUUUCCGCGCGGACACUCUGACGUCACAUGUGUGCGGUCAGAUCUUCUUAGCGAAAAAGUGGGGAGGGUACAAUAUCUGACUGUCUAUAUAUGAUGAUGAUGAUGAUGAGAGCAAACAAGUUUCGCAUAGAAUUUCGGGAGCCGGUGCGCGAAGAAAUUAACAUAUUGGUGCAUUGCUGCGUCGGGUUGCGUCAUUCAUACGAACGCAAAUCGAAAUUUCAUAAACUUGUAGGUCAACUCGCGGCGCGUCGAAGCAACGUCGGGAUCAGAUUAAUGUGGAAAUCCAGAAACUUCGAGAUCUCCUGCCCUUGUCCGAUCUCAUCAAAGACCGACUUUUCCAACUACAAGUCAUGUCGCUCGGAUGUAUUUUCAUCCGGAAACAGCGCUACCAGCAGACACUAAUGCCCAUGCAAAUGGGCCCUCCAAUGCCACGUGGCAUCGACAUCUGCAAAGCACUCCGCGGCUUCAUGCUCAUGGUCACCAGAAGCGGAAAGAUACUGCACGUGUCGGACAACGCCAGCGAGUACCUCGGACACUCGGUCGAAGAGAUUAUGUGUCAAGGCGAUUCAAUCUACGACUUGGUCGACGGACGAGAUCACGGAGCAGUACAAGCGGAGCUGGCCAGCGGACCGCCCGGAGCCGCAAGUUUUCCCGAAGAGAGGGUCUUCAUUUGCAGGCUCAAUUUGGCGAGAACUGCCAAGCGACAACUACAAUAUCAUAAGGUAAGCGGGUUAAUAGUCAUUCUUAAACAAAUGUUCGCUUUGGAACGUUUUGCGGAGCACUUUCUCUCCGCGCAGACACUCUGACGUCACGUGUGUGCGAUCAUCGGGUACUCUCUCUUCUCCAGAAACAUCAUUUUUACAGUUUGUGCUCUUCCAAGGCCGCUACAUCCAACCGGCCGAAUUCUAUCAGCAACUCAACUCGCAAACUUCGCAACCGGACUGCGAUCAGCCCGUUUUCUCGGCCUACUGCCAACCGCUCAUCAAUCCGGAGAACGCCGAAGGAAUGUCGACGGGCAACACACACGUCUUCUGCACUCAACACUUUCUCGAUAUGAAGUUCAAGGAGGCGGACGCGAUGGCCGGCCAUCACUUGGGAUACUCUAGGGAGCACCUGAAAGGCGUCUCCUGGUACGGAAUGCUUCAUCCGGCUCAUGUUCCAGAAGUGGCUCACAAACAUAGAUUGUGUAAGUGAAACUGUUGCGGGAUCAAACACCGAGUUUCUAGCGGAAAUGCACAUUUUCAGUGUGUCAAGAGAAAGAAGGAUCCGUGUUGUCGCUGAUUCGAUUGCAAGCUGCCAACGGAGAGUGGGUCUGGCUGCAUACCGUCUUCUCGAUUCGGCCGAACAACGAGCUGAACAGCGAGGGAAAACGUCUGCGGCAUGUCAUCUAUUGUUUCCAUCAAAAGUUAACGUCAGUUUUGCUACCACUCGACUCUCCAACCACUAUUAAAUUGCAGGGACCUCGAAGCGGCGACGCUACAAGCCAACUCAUGGAUCUACAGUAUGCGUCACACGUACCCCACAGUCUUUUCAUGUCAGGACUCUCCGCAGCCUUCCGAAGAGGAGAGAGAACGAGAGAGACAGAGUCCUGUCGCCGCGACGCAAGGAUUCGCUUUGGACUACAUCAAAGUGGAGAUACCGGCGCCGACGCGAGGCCCUCAUUCUCAAAUGCCACUCUUCACCCCUGAAUCGUCGUCGCCCGAAAGUUCGGCCUCGUUGCACACUUCUCUGUUUCCGCAAAACUUUCCGCUGGAGAUUUUGGAGGACAUUUUGCCCUCUGCGGAUUCGGAUGUGCUGCCCGAGCUGCGUGACGAGGUGGAUGAGAUUCUGCGACAAGUGGAGCAGUCGCCGCCGCCGCCCACGAUGGCGCCGAAUUUGUCGCACCGGCACUCGAUGCCGAACGCAUUCGAUUCUGCGGAACUUUACAAGUACUUGGGACCGGCGCUGUUCGACGGAGCAUCCAGCAGCCAGCAACAUCAACUGUCACACGGGCCGCCCAUGUCUUGUCCGCCGAACUAUGAACCUCAUAAUCACCAAAACUUUCUAUUCCAUCAUCAUCAUCAUCAUCAUCUCAAUCAUCUCAAUCAUCUUAAUGUUAAUAUUAGCCAACCGAAUUUGAAUCUCCAACACCCUCCACAAUAUCAUUUUGACUAUUACAACCGUAAACGCAGUUGGGCUGUAUAAUAAUUUUGUUCAAGCAGUGCAGAAUCUCAAUAUCAUUCCUCAUCUAUAAUCUCUACGUUUUUUUUCUUUUUUUUCCUAAACAGUCUUUCAAAUCAGUAUAUUCGUUCGGGUAGACACAUUUACAAGAGCUUUCUUACUAUUAUUGCCUCAUUUUUCAAAUUGUAUUUCCAUUGUUUUCUAUUCUACACCGCCUGGUUUGUAUAAAUCUUCGUCGUGUUCUUGCGACGAUUCCAGAUUCCACAUUGAGAUAUUCGAUAUUGUCGGUCGGAAGUCGAAGUUCUACUCCUCCGAAUAUUUUCUCCAGAAAAUAUCAUUGGGUCAGAAACGUGGUGAAAGAGAGAGAGUAGAGAGUCCCGACGGCUGUUUUAGGCCAGAUCUGGCAAUUGGAACUCUCCCUGAGUUUCCCUGCAUUUUCUCAGUGUUUCUGAGCCGCCCGGCGGCUGUUUUAGGUUGCAAAUGAUCAGAAAAGUGUUAAAAACGUAAAUAAAUAAUAAUAAUAAUAUGACACUGAUCCAACAAGCAAAUUGUUUUAUCUUUGUAAAAAAAACAUUAUCGUUAAUUUGCGUCACAACACUCCUGCUUCAUAGACGUGCAGUAGGAGUGAACCAAAAUGCAGACCCUCGUUCGCUUUCUCUGGGAAUUUUUUAAAAAGAGGAACUAGUUUUUCUGUGCUUCACCCAAACAAAUUGUUUUUUUUUUCAGAAAUCAGUUCUUGUGAGCAAAUUGGGAAAAGAAAACUUAAAACGAGGAGACGCAGACAAUCUGUGUCAACACCGCUUCGGCGAACAGCACAACUGACGCGAAAGUGCACUUGCGCGGAUUACUUUCUUCUCAAUUUUGUCAAAUUUUCCACGCUCAAAUGCACUUUUCAAUGCUGUUUCCGCUCAAAAUAGCUAUGGAAUUGAACUGGGGGUGAUUUUUCUAUUUUUCUUACGUGCCCUCUCUCUGUUCAGAGCCGUAAAAACCGUUUAAUCGUGUGAAGUUUCGAAGAAUGAUUUUCACAAAAUAAAAUUUAAUUUCAGGUAAUCAAUUCCUGCACAGGAAUCAAGAGGAGUAUGAGUCGUGUAGCUCUACGCAAAAUUAGGUGAAAAUGUGGCGCUUUGCAGUUUACACACAAAAAACAUCGUGAGUAUUUAGCAUUCAGCAUUUCAGCAUUUAGCAUUUAGCAUUUAGCAUUUAGCAACAACAAAAAUCAGCGAAAAUUUAUUUUUAUUUCAGAGUUCUCAGCAGAACAUGCCUUCAAUCAGUGCGACAGGCGCUAAAGCACACAGAUCGACAAACGGAUCACUCUAGAUUGUGAGUUUUACUUGUAAAAUUGAAAUAACUAUGAUUUUUUGCAGUAGCAGUCGUCUGGAAACAGAUCAGCCUAUUCGUGAAGUGUGAGUGUGAAAUUCCAAAAUAUUAGAACGCAAAUUUCUGUUUCUUGUAAAACAAAAACUCGAAAAUAUGUUUGCUUUCCAUUUGAGCUCGGAAAAGACUGAAAUUCAGAACAAGAGCACGAAAUUUUACAAAAAGCAAGCGUUAUUAAAACUUUAUACAUUCUAGGUUUUCACUGGACGAUUUCGGUCUCCUCUCGACCAAUCGCUCUCAGUCGAUCGAUUCGAUGAGCUCAACGGGCAGUGAGCACACAUUUCUGGAGCAAUUAUUUCGAACCGACACUCUGAACACCUUCUCCAACGUUCAAAUUCCGACUACAGUCUCUACAAAUGAGGUUUUCGGCUACGAUUACGUCUCGGAGCUGCUCUCCGAAGGCGCUGCUGUCGAGGAACUAGUCGAAGAGCUUGUGGAAGACGAGGGACUUGCAGUUCGAGCUUCUUAUCAUGACGAGCAGGUUCCGAGCACUUCUGGAGUGGACGUCAGCGCUUUACCCUUUUUCAUACCCGAUUUUACCGAAAAAAUCGAACAAAAAGUGGUGAAGGCGAGCCCAGAGACUGUUCAUUCUACAGAAGAAUCUCUAUUCCACCUCCCGGAAACUUCUGGAAUUGAGAAUUUAUCCGGAAUCCUCUUCCCGGAUACAAUUCCAAUAGAAUCCUAUACUAGUCAAUGGAAAGGAAGCGAGUUUUCUGCUCCAGUAUCUUCUCCGUCUCUAAUUGAACCUCAAAAGCCGCUAGAAUCUGCAGAAUUCUCACUGGAAGUCCUCGAAGGAAUCGCCGCCGACGGAACGGUCGCAGAACUUCAGAAAGAACUUGAAGCCGUCGGAUUCUGGCCGGACCACUUUUUUACAACCACAGGAAAUCGCAGAGUUCAGGAGAGCAUCAACUGGAUUCUGAGAUUUGUCGCCGAGAAAAGUGCUGAUUAUGCAGAGGCCGAAGCUGUUAUUGCCAAAUUGUAAGCGUUUCGAUUUCCCCUUUUUCGUUUUCGAUUUAAGAAAAACCGUAUUUUCUAUUAAUUUUCAUCAGAAAUCUGAAUUUUCCAGUGCUUCUUCCCAUCUGAUGGCUGUUGUACCCGACGACGUGCUUCUCCAGCUCACAGUUCGCUCAAUUUCCGGCUCUUCGACCAUUCCGUCCAUUCAAAAAACCCUGGAGACCUUGAUCACACUCUCAGUGUCCCGAGAGCUCCGCCCGAGCCACAAGCUCGUUGGCCAGCAACUCAGUCAUCUCUACUCGAAGGCCAUUCAAAAUUGCUCAAAAACCGCUGGAGAUUUGCUCACUCUCUGCUGGAAACUCAAUUUCGACACCUCUCCAGACACUUUUUUACAGUGUUACGCAGAAAUCCAAGCGGGAAAACUGAGAACUGGUGAAGAGAACUGGCUGAAAAGCUUUGGAGAAUGGAAGAAACUGUCGAUGAAGUACGGAAAUCAACAGGGAAUCGACAGCUAUUGGAUGGAAGCGCUGCGAGCCGACGACAAGGGUGUGGCUAAGCGAAUCGACGCGCUUCUGACACAUUCCGGAAAGCUCGAGCAUCCCUUCGCCACGAUGGCCAGGAUGAUUUGCGCCCUGAUCCGAAUGGAUGAGCUCGAAAAGGCGAUGGAAGUGUUCCAGAGAGUCUCCGUGUCCGGAAACCAUUUCAGAGAGCCUUUGCAGGUGUUUGUCGAAAAUGUGAGUGCACUCUACAACAAAAUUCUGUCUAGGAAUUGGAAAAAAUCGGCUCAAUCUAAAUAAUUUCGCAUUUUCAGAAUGAUUUGCCGAGUAUCGAGCGACUCGCCGCUCUGAUCGAGCGAGGAAUGAUGGUUGAGCGCAAACGAGGCAAGCGCGCUAAUAAAAGUGGAGAGACGGCCAAGGUGAGCGAUGCCCUUCGUGUCCGCGGCGGUUGCAUGUGUGCCCGACAAUUUUGAGAGGUCACGUGUUCGAUACCCAGCCAGUGUUAGGAAGCAGUUGUUCAGUAGCGCAGGCGAUCACCAUGCGCUUGUGCUUAAUCUUUGACUGCAAGACGAUUCAAGUCACAUUCAAUCGGUUUCGCUAUCUGUGUAGCAUUCUGUUCAAGAAUUGGCAUACAUUUUUAAUUUUUCUUUUUUUGCAGAAAUCAUCAACGCUAUUCGGAGAAGACGUGCAUUCGGUGCUCGAAAAAUUCUAUGGAGUGAGCGGAAAGACGAAGAAGAAGAAGUUCGAUCCCAAAGGAAAAGCCAAGCGAAAGAUUCACCGUGUAGACGAGGGGCAACUUCAUCAAUUGUGCAGUUCUGUGCAGAAAGCGUGGAUAAAAUGUGCGGAGAGCAAAGAAUCAGCGAGCCGACUCUCGGAGUGGUGCCUGAAAAAUCGAUUGGAUAUAGAGGAGACUGUGGAGAGAAAGCUGAAAAUUCUGCUGAAAUAG